UCUGUGAAAGAGCAAGGGAACAGUCGCUGCACCCCCUACCCUGGCAACAGUACAGAGAAGUGCCUGCUGACACUGUGGAGAUGAAAGCCAGAGGCUUGAGGAUCCCCUUGCUGCUCUUGCUGGUGACUGUAGUUGUAAUGGCCAAGCUGAAUCACAUCCAAAGGUGGGGAGGCUUCAAGGAGCAGGCCACAAGCAAGAAAAACAUGAACUCUACAGUCCAAUUCUUCAUCCAAUCCUACAACAACGCAAGCAAUGACACCUACUUGUUUCAAGUUCAGAAGCUAAUUCAAAGUCAGAUGCAGCUGACCACAGGAGUGGAGUAUUUGGUCACUGUGAAGAUUGGCAGGACCAAAUGCAAGAAAAAUGAGACAAAGAGAGCUUCCUGUCCUCUGCAAAGCAGCAAGCUGAAAAAGAGUCUGAUUUGCACGUCACUGAUAUAUACUGUGCCCUGGGUGAACUACUACCAGCUCUGGAACAAUUCCUGCCAGGAUAGUGAAGUGCCCGUAUAAAGAUCUCUACUGACACCCA